CAUUCAGUCCAUUCUCGCUCUCUCCUAUGCUCUCUUUUUCUCUGUCUGCAUUUAAUUUUCUUACAUUUUUGUGCAAAGAGGGCUCUUUUAGCCAGCCCAUUGUUUGACUUCUGCUGCUUUAGAGAAAGAGUUAUUGAGGUGAGGGAUGAAUGGAUGCUUGUACCUGCAAAUACACUUUGAUCAUCAUGCUGAAUGAUGUGUAAUGUGACACUGCCUGAUUGAUGAAUUCAGCAGGAUAUGCGGGACUGAGUUAGAUAGAGAUAAAACAUCGGCUACGGAUAUUUUCGGAAAUGAACACCUCACAACAUCAUGGACUGCAUUAUUCUUAUCGGAAUCACAGUCAAGGAGCUUUGCCAGUGGGUAAGCCUGUUCAGGGUGAGAGGGGAUCAACUUCUGGAUGUUAUGAGCAGCUUCUCAUCUCCACAGAGGUGUUCCUUACACUUGGGCUUGUCAGUCUCCUGGAGAACAUUCUGGUGAUUGCUGCAAUCAUCAAGAACAAGAACCUUCAUUCUCCCAUGUACUUCUUCAUCUGCAGCCUGGCUGUAGCAGACUUGCUGGUCAGUGUCUCUAAUGCUUCUGAAACAGUAGUCAUGGCACUCAUUACAGGGGGUAAUCUGACCAAUCGUGAGAGCAUUAUCAAGAACAUGGACAACAUUUUCGACUCAAUGAUUUGCAGCUCAUUGUUAGCCUCCAUUUGGAGUUUGUUAGCAAUCGCGGUGGACCGGUACAUCACAAUCUUCUACGCUUUGAGGUACCACAACAUCAUGACCCAGCGGCGGGCAGGUAUCAUCAUCACCUGCAUCUGGACCUUCUGCACGGUCUCUGGUGUGCUCUUUAUUGUGUACUCAGAGAGUGCAACUGUUCUUAUCUGCCUUAUUAGCAUGUUCUUUACCAUGCUUGCUCUCAUGGCUUCACUCUACGUCCACAUGUUUCUCCUUGCCCGGCUGCAUAUGAAGCGCAUUGCCGCCCUGACUGGUAAUGGCCCAAUCUGGCAGGCAGCGAAUAUGAAGGGGGCCAUCACCAUUACCAUCCUGCUGGGGGUGUUUGUGGUUUGCUGGGCUCCGUUCUUCUUGCACCUCAUCCUCAUGAUCUCCUGCCCACGGAACCCCUACUGUGUCUGCUUCAUGUCACACUUCAACAUGUAUCUAAUUCUCAUUAUGUGCAACUCGGUCAUUGACCCUCUCAUCUAUGCCUUCAGGAGCCAAGAAAUGAGGAAGACCUUCAAGGAGAUCUGCUGCUGCUGGUAUGGAUUGACCUCUCUCUGUGUGUAA